UACCCCCUCCUGUAACUGCCCCUUACCCAGGCUGCCUACACAAGGGAAAAAUAUUGGGUCACAAGAACCUAACCUCCUCUGUGUAAUGUAAUCUCUCUCUCUCUCUUUGCACACAGAUCCCAAUACAUCAUACCGCAACCAACUCCUCGCCCCUGAUUUCAAUUUUCGGUGAGGAUGCAGUGGUUGUAGCAGGAGGUGGGCGUGUGGCGUGGGAAGCUUUGGAAUAGGUAGGGCUGGGUAGGUAUUUUGGGGGUUGUGGUGGGUAGAGGUGGAUGAUAGUUUUCAAACUGGAGGGUGUGGUGGUGGGUUUGUAGCGGUGUGGGGGUGGAGUAUUUGGUUGCAAUGGUGUUGGGUGGCAGUGAUUAAGCCGAAAUUAGGUUAAAAGCGGUGAAGGAAGAAAAUUCCUGACUUGUGACUUUGUGAAGGUUUUUGCCUUGAGGUCAAAGCAAAGAAAGAAAACUCAAGAAAGUGAGGAAGAUAUUUUACGGGUUAGGGUUUUGGGUUGUUUUGCAUUGGAUUUGGGUGUGGUAUUAGGGUUAGGGUUAGGGUUAGGAUGGUUUUAAUUAAUUUUUAUGUAAGUGCAUAAAAUAGUUAGUUUGCACUUUCCGUUAGGCCCGUUAGUUGACUGUUACUGGUAGGGUUCAGUGUAAUUUGUCAAAUAUGAGGGGGUCUGCUUGAUUAAGUGACAAAAUUUAGGGGAUUUGAAUGUAAUUUACCCAAAAGGCAAAAAGAGAAUAAAGGCACUGUCUUCUUGGCUGUUCGUUUCAACGUUAUACAUAGGCGCCCCCAAAUCUGUGAACUAGGGCUAGGUUUUGGAAAUUCUGGUUGAGGGGGGAACAGAACAGAGUGUGGAGAGAGUUGUGAAAAUGGCGAAACAACAAGAAUUUCAGGUCUACAAUACCAUGACGAAACAGAAGGAAGUAUUCAAACCCAAAGUAGAAGGCAAAGUCGGAAUGUAUAUCUGUGGCGUUACCACCUACGACCUUAGUCACAUCGGCCACGCUCGCGCCUAUGUCGCCUUCGAUGUCCUCUACAGGUACCUGAAACACUUGGGCUAUGACGUUGUGUAUGUACGGAAUUUCACCGACGUUGAUGACAAGAUUAUUCGUAGAGCAAAUGAACUAGGAGAGGAUCCAUUAACUUUGAGUGGCAGAUUUUGCCAAGAAUUUUUGGAGGAUAUGGAUGAUCUCCAAUGCCUUCCUCCAACCCAUCAGCCACGGGUUUCUGAUCAUAUGGAGCAAAUCAAGACUAUGAUAGCUAAGAUAAUUGAAAAUGGCUGUGCUUACACAGUUGAUGGGGAUGUAUACUUCUCUGUUGAUAAUUUCCAAGAGUAUGGUCGAUUAUCUGGACGGAAGCUAGAAGACAAUAGAGCUGGUGAACGUGUAGCUGUUGAUUCAAGAAAGAGAAAUCCUGCUGACUUUGCACUGUGGAAGGCUGCAAAACUUGGUGAGCCUAGUUGGGACAGCCCCUGGGGUCCUGGAAGACCAGGGUGGCACAUAGAGUGCAGUGCCAUGAGUGCUCAUUAUCUGACCUGCACAUUUGAUAUUCAUGGUGGUGGCAUGGAUUUGAUCUUUCCACACCAUGAAAAUGAAAUGGCCCAAAGCUGCGCUGCUUGUCCAGAGAGCAAUGUUAGUUACUGGAUACAUAAUGGGUUUGUCAAUGCAAACGAUGAGAAAAUGUCAAAAUCACUCGGUAACUUCUUCACUAUUCGUGAGGUUACCAAAUUGUACCAUCCACUCGCUUUAAGGCAUUUCUUGAUGGGCACACAUUACAGGUCACCUGUCAAUUACUCAAUCUCACAGAUAGAAAUUGCAUCAGAGGCUGUUUUCUACAUAUAUCAGACAUUACAAGAUUGUGAAGAUGCUUUGUUGCUAUCUCGAGAAAGAACCGAGCCAAGUGGCAAAUCAGCUCGUAUUACUCCUGCUGCACAAGAAUGCAUCAGUAAACUUCGUAGUGAUUUUGAGACAAAAAUGUCUGAUGAUUUGCACACACCAACUAUUCUGAAUGCAUCUCUUCAAGAAGCCUUGAGACUCAUGAAUGGUUGUUUGAACAUGCUUAAGGUAGGAAUUCGUAUCCACUCUCUCUCUUUCUCUCUCUCUCUCUCUCUUAUGUCACUGACAAAGUGGUUUGGCUUGAUAAAUUACCAGAAGAAGCAACAGUUAUUAGUAAUUCAGUCACUCACUCAGUUAGAAAAAAAUGUGAAGGAAGUAUUGGAUGUCCUGGGAUUGUUGUCGAGUUCAAGCUAUUCUGAGGUUCUGCAGCAGUUAAAAGAUAAAGCAUUAAAACGAGCUGGGUUGACAGAAGAUGAUGUUUUACAUUUUAUUGAGGACAGAGCCUUGGCAAGGAAAAACAAGGACUUUUCAAGAGGUGAUCAGAUUCGAAGUGACUUGGCUGCAAAGGGCAUUGCUUUAAUGGAUGUGGGCAAGGACACAGUUUGGAGGCCAUGUGUGCCUGUUGAGCCAGAACAGCCCACCAUGCCAAUUCAACAAGAACAGCCCACCAUGGCAGUUCAACAAGAACAGCCCGCCAUUCCAGUUCAACAAGAACAGCCUUGCUUGCCAGUUCAACGAAAUCAGCCAUGUGCACCUGCUGAUAAGGACCGUGAGGUACCUCUAGCCUCUAACUGAAGGGCCAAAGCCUUGUUUUAGUCAAAUUAUAUGAUAUUUGAGUUUUCUAGAUUAAUUGUGAACUACCAAAUUCACAGAAGAGGUCGUAUACGUAGUUUUUGUUGUAACAUCUGGAAAUUGUUUUUGUUGCAACCCUUGUUGGGUUACCAAGGUGUCAUUAGUUCUGGAUUUUAUGCUGUGGUCUUUGUUAUUGGAUGGCCCAAUACUUAUUAAAACCAAAGAAGCAGGAAUUGCUGCUUUUGUACUUGUUAUUGUGGAGACUCUUAUUUAUUGAAAUCAGGAAUCUAUUU